AUGGUCUUCGUCAACGUCGAUGGCGGUGGAUUUGAUACUGUGGUUGAAUCGGUGGUUGUGGAGGUUUCGGGUGGCUGUGCAGUUGACGGUUGUGGAGGAUAUAGUGAUAUGGACAGAGAAGUUAAUGAACCUGUAAGUAUGCUGAAUAGUAAUGUGAUAAGCAGUGUCCCUUUUAGUAAAUUAGAUAACAUUGAUGAACUAAAUAUAUACAACUGGGGUGAUGUUGUAUAUAGUUUGAUAAAAAGUAGUUUGAAUCGGGCAACGGAUAAAUACAACCGCAAAACAUACCAUGAUGCUAUACACAUAGUUGGUUGUGCAGCAGUAUUACAGUUAUGGGUUGUGGAACACAUAAGUUUGUAUGAUAUUGGAGGUAGGAGUAUUUAUCCUCGAAUUCUUCAUUGGAUUGUAAUUAAAGAUAAAAGGAGAAAAAUAAUAUCAACUUUUGAACGCACUGAGAUAUUAUGGGAUUUCCAUUUGAGUGAAGAACAAUUUCAGAAUGAGGAAAUCAAGGAAUCACUUGGUUCUAUUGGGGAGACUAAUAGUAAGUCCUACAAUGACAACUUAGACUUUGCUAGAGUUGUCGAAGAGCAAAGGCUCUUGAGGACAAGGGUUGAUAAGCAUGCAGAACGCCUUCUGGAGUUACAAAGAAGUAUAACACGGUUGGAAGAAGAGGUUUUGAAUGAGAUGCCAUCUUUUAAUGAUGGUAUGGAAGGGCCUUCGACAGAUGACAAAGCAAGAGAUUUGGCUGUUGUCAAUUUUGUGGAUGGGGGUGUGGAGGGACCCUCCAUAAAUGAGAACAUCGUUUUUUCAAAUGUUUACAGAACUUGCACUUCGGGGCUUUGUAAUGAUGGUGCUGAAGUACUUUUGGAGGUGUCAAACAACAUGUUGACCAUAGCAGACUUCAAAUGCUUACGACCACGUGGAAAAAUUGAUAACAUGGUUAUGUUGUCUGCCACUGGGAUGAUUGUGUAUAAUCAAUUGCAACUAUCUGGAACGAUUAAACGGUGUUGUUUGAAUCCAUUUUUUGCGACAAUGGUUAUGGAGAGAAUGAAGAUUCCCAAAAAAAAGCGAGAAGCAUUGCCAGCAACAGAUUAUCAUCAUUUCUUCCAACCUCAAUCAUUUCCAUUAAAUGUGUUGUUAACAUCUGAAUUUUUAUUUGUGCCCACUGUUGGUGAUGACCAUUGGUGGUGCUAUGCUGUAAACUGUCAAUCAAGAGAAAUGUUUAUUUUGGAUUCUCUUGGUCACAAAAGGCGGCGUAGAAAAAGUAUUGACAAGGCUAUGGUUGCCAUUUUGCAAGAAUUAUUCAAUAUGAUUGACAUAGACUCAAACUGUAAGGAGCAGGAAUUGAAAGUGAUCGAAGAAGAUUUGCCUGUGCAACCACCUACGUAUGAUUGUGGUAUAUUGGUCAUCAAGUAUAUUGAGUUAUGGGAUCAUACACCUAAAUUUGAUGGGAAAAAAAUGCCCGAUUACACAAUGGAACAAUUACAAGUUCUACGAGAACAAAUGGUUUGUCAAUGGGUAUUACACGAAGAUAAUGUUCAUCGUACAAGGGUAUUGCAGAAAUGUGGGAUGGGAUCCUUUAGGCAUUGA